AUGCGUGCCCACUUUCUUCUCCCAUUCCUCAUGGCUGGAGUUUUGGCCGUGUCCAACGAACAAUACUAUAGCGGCCCGGUCGAGCGGGAACCCAAGGUUCUCCCACCCCCCCCGAAGACGGUUAACCCUUCACCUGGCCAUACGGCCAAGGUCCUGAACAGUAGACUUCGACCGGACGGUUAUGUUGUCGGCGCGCUGGAGCCCGCUCGUUCUCGCCCGGCCGAAAAGGUUCGUUUCGACGACAAUGUGAAAGAGAUACCUGCGUCUGCUUCAAAGGGUUCCGACUCCCCGAAACAUUCAAAAAGGUCAAACGGUUAUCCCGGUUUUUUUGUCGGCACUCCCGACGAAAUCCAAGAAGAGGCACUCAACAGGAAACCAGAACCCCGCCGCGUGCCAAGGCCAUUGCCAAAGCCAGCAGUCAGUGAGCCGAUAGAGACGAAACAGCAGAGCAGCCCUGGUCGGUCUAGCCCUCCGCCUCCGGUCGCAUCCGCUCCCGGUGAUGGCCAUGAUAUCAAUACUCGGGAAUGGAAGCGCAUCAAACACUCCCGAUAA